UCCCUCACUGCGAAGAUGGCGGUCUCCAGAGUGUGCUGGGCUCGGGCUGCUUUGUGGGGUUCGGCGGGGCCCCCUGGACCUUAUGUCGCCCGGAGGCUGCAGUUUGUUCGCUCUGGCCUGGCCUGGGGGACCCCUCGGUCUUCAAAGCUUCACCUUUCUCCAAAGGCAGAUGUGAAGAGCUUGAUUUCUUAUGUGGUGACCAAGACAAAAGUGAUUAAUGGGAAAUACCAUCGUUUCUUGGGUCGUCAUUUCCCCCGCUUCUAUGUCUUGUAUACAAUCUUCAUGAAAGGAUUGCAGAUGUUAUGGGCUGAUGCCAAAAAGGCUAGAAGAAUAAAGACAAAUAUGUGGAAGCACAAUAUAAAGUUUCAUCAACUUUCAUACCGGGAGAUGGAGCAUUUGAGACAGGUAUGCGCCAAGGGCCGAUAUCCAGAAGUUCACGGUGAUAUAAUUAAAUUCCGUCGAGACGUCACCAAGUGUCUUUUCCUAGGUAUUCUUUCCAUUCCACCCUUUGCCAACUACCUGGUCUUCUUGCUAAUGUACCUGUUUCCUAGGCAACUGCUGAUCCAACAUUUCUGGACCCCAAAGCAACAAAUUGAUUUCUUAGAUAUCUAUCAUGCUCUCCGGAAGCAGUCCCACCCAGAAAUUCUUUGUUAUUUAGAAAAGGUUAUCCCUCUCAUUUCUGAUUCAGGACUCCGGUGGCAUAUGACAGAAUUGUGCACCAAGAUGCAGCGUGGUACCCACCCAGCAAUACAUGAUAUCCUGGCUCUGAGAGAGUGUUUCUCUAACCAUCCUCUGGGCAUGAACCAGCUCCAUGCUUUGCAGAUGAAAGCCUUGAGUCGAGCAAUGCUUCUCACACCUUACCUGCCUCCUGUCUUGUUGAGAUACCGUUUAAAGACUCAUACCACUGUGAUUCACCAACUGGACAAGGCUUUGGCAAAGCUGGGGAUUGGUCAGCUGACUGCCCAGGAGGUGAAGUCGGCUUGUUAUCUUCGUGGCCUGAAUUCCACCCAUAUUGCUGAAGAGAGGUGUCGAACUUGGCUGGGAGAAUGGCUGCAGCUUUCCUGCAGCCUGAAAGAAGCUGAGCUGUCCCUCUUGCUACACAAUGUGGUCCUGCUUUCCAUCAACUACACUGGGACAAGGCGCUGAGCCGACAAGGAGCGGGUGGCGUUGUCCUGCAUGCAGUCACAUAGUCCGGCAGCGUGGGACCAAACAGCACUUGUCAGCAAAGAGUG